AGCAUGAAGAAUUGCGUGCAGAGCACGGAUGUGCUCCGCAUGGUGGUAUCUCCUACAGAUCUUACCUGGCAAUCUGCUUCUGCCUGGAAGGGUUUGACAGGAACCACUGUGGAUAGCGAAGGAACCUGGAGAUGAAGGUGUUUCUUGAACUCUUCAGUGUGUCACAGAACUGUUGUGUUUUGGGAUAGCCUGCUUAACCUCUUGGAAGAAAAUCUGCCAACAGCCAAAAAUGACCUGAGCUGGAGAGCUGCUGCUUUAUCCCCAGGACCAGCUUCCUGCCCCGUGUUCAGUGUCCCAUUUGGAUGCACCGUACACUAUGGUUCACAUCAAUGUGUUGAAAAAAUUCAUGUGUGUUCUUGUGGUAGUACUGGUAGCGCUGACAGUUUGCUUGUGGAGAGAGACGAGAAGAAGCUACUACGUUCCUUUCAAGACGGAGAACAAUGAUUUGCAGGUUCACAGGACUUCAGAAAAAUGGAACCCGCUUAAAUCACAGGGCCUUUUCCGUGAAGCAGCUGGUGAAUUGGAUCAGAUACCCAAAACGUGGUUUGGUAACCACAACAAAGUAAAAGGCAGCACCUCUGGAACAGCCGAAAAGUCCAAGAAAGCAGCAGACUCUGUGAAGGUAUGGGAUAAGGACAGUUCAUCCAGAAAUCUCAUACCCAGGCUGCAGAAGGUCAGAAAAAACUACCUGUCUAUGAACAAGUACAAUGUGACUUACAAGGGGAAGAGGAAUGCGGUUAAACUCAGCCCAGAGAAGCUGCUCUGCCAGCUACGGGACAGGGUGAAUGUGACCAUGAUACAGGGAUCAGAUGGUCCUUUUGAUACCUCUGAAUGGCAGCAAUACCUACCAGGAAAAAGCCUCAAUGAAACAGUGGGCCGCCUGGGUCGCUGUGCUGUCGUGUCCUCAGCAGGGUCUCUGAAAUCAUCUCAUUUGGGACAAGAGAUAGACAGCCACGAUGCCAUCUUGCGAUUCAAUGGGGCUCCUAUCAAGGGGUUUCAAGAAGAUGUGGGGCAAAAGACAACAAUUCGUCUCGUGAACUCCCAGCUUGUAACUGUUGAGGAGCAGCAGUUCCUGAGGGAAGCGCUAUAUAACACUGGAAUCUUAAUUGUCUGGGAUCCAGCACCAUAUCAUGCAGAAAUUCAUGAGUGGUACAGAAAACCAGACUACAACUUUUUUGAAAGCUAUAAGUCAUAUCGUAGUACACAUCCAGAGCAGCCCUUCUAUAUCCUGAAUCCAAAAAUGCAGUGGCAACUCUGGGAUAUUCUGCAGGAGAAUUCCCUGGAGCAUAUUCAGCCUAAUCCACCAUCGUCAGGAAUGCUUGGCAUCGUGAUCAUGAUGACGCUCUGUGAUGAAGUGGACGUGUACGAAUUUCUCCCUUCCAAACGGCAGACGGACAUUUGCCACUAUUACCAGAAGUUUCACGACCGUGCCUGUACCAUGGGAGCUUACCAUCCCCUCCUGUUUGAGAAAAACUUGGUGAAGCAUAUAAACCAGGGCACAGACGAGGACAUCUAUACUCAUGGGAAAGUUACUUUGCCUGGCUUCCGAAACGUACAUUGCUAGCGGAUCGGUUUUUAGUGUGUUUAGGAAUUUUUCUUGACUGUCAAAGCACUUUUUAAAUCAGGGUUGUCAGAUUUGUUAGGUCUAAGCACUGGUGUGUUUUGACAGCUCUUCUGUGUUGCAACACUUGCUCUUAGGACUUCGUUGCCUAACUUCUCCUAACUGUAAGGCGGUGUUAAUACGUUGCGGUACAUCCACACGGUAUCUGCGUGAGCCACUGCAAUAAAUUUACUCCUGGUGGAGCCAGGCUCAUGCAGCAGGUGGAUAUCUCUGUCUUCAUCUCAACCGAUCAUGGUGUAUGGGAGGCGCAGGAGAUGCUUUCUAAGCAGACAUUGCACAAGUCAGGAUCAAAUGCUGAAUAUAGUUCGGUUUGCUUCAAAGGGAUUAUGACAGCCAAAAACCUGGUCCACUGAGAAACAAGAAAAAUAAUUUAAAACUUGUUCCUAUAGUCCUAGGAGCUCUUUGGAGCAGGGCUGGUUUAUGGAAACACUGUCAAAGCUGUGUACUGAUAACCUAAACUCCUAGUCCAAAAUAUUUGAUUUUAUAAACAGUUUGUAAAAUAACCAUGGCAGCUUCCUUUCAAAUUGUAAGACUUCUGAAACCAUUCAGGUGGCAUUUUUGGCAAAGGAAGAGGGAGGCAAUUCACAAUUCGGUGAUUCUUGCAAGGCUUUUUAAUCUUUUUACUUUUUUUUUUUAAUUGCUUAAAAUAAAUUUUAGUGAACAUUUACUUCUCCAGUACAGUGCUGUGCAUGGUACAGAAGAAGCCUUAUUUCAGAAACAUUUUGGGGAAGAUGCUCUGAGGCACAAAUGCAAGAACUCACUGGAAGUCGGUACCUCUUUCCAGCUGUCUGCUGGUCUACCUUUGCAAUUGUUGGCAAAUUACUUGCUGGCUUGUCUCUGGUAACAGAAAUACCACGUAGCUGCUGCUAGAUGAGUUCCAGUUUUCUGCAAGCUAACCAAGGUGGUCUCUCAGCUGCUGUGUGCUUUUUCUGAAUAGCUGAGGAGCAGAUGCAUCGCUUCCAUGUUUCAUGAGCAGUGGGGAGGGAGAGUGUGCUCUGCUUCUCAUGCUGAAACACAGGCAGAAUUGAGGAGGGCACCUUUUUUCUGCUCAAGGGGACUCUCCCAUGGCAGCACGGUGGAAGUAGUAGCUCUGCAAUCUCUGUACGUCAGCAAGAACACCUUCCCUGUCCUCUUCCGUACUGAUGUGUUUCAUGAUGUCUGUAAAGAAAGCGUUUUCUUCUCCUGUUUUGAAUAAAUCCUGUGAAGUCA